GUACGUCUGUUGUGAAAACAAGAGCAUUUACUGGAACUGUCUUUCCGCAAAGACGAAGUUACGAAUGCCACUGCUGUGUUUUCAGUAAUCAUCAAUUGAUUGUCUGAAUUUUUAUAUUUAGACAAAGAACAGAAUCUAAUGAGUGGAUAGACUAAACAUACUCAAGCACAAGGUACAAGUAUUUCAGUUUGAAGAAUGCGAAAUAAUACAUUUAAAUGGGAAAUGUUGAUUGCUUUUAGCUAUUCACUGAUAGGAAAAAUCUCUGCAUUGAUAAACUAGAUUAAAUAUUCACAAAGAAAACUACAAAGUAUAAGCGAACAUCUAUUCUUUGCAGAGAAAAAUUCAGUAUUCCCUGUGUGCGCUGAAAAAUUAAACAUGGAGAAAGAAGUAAAGAAACACUCACUGGAUCAUCGGGAAGAAACAAGAUUUCAGUGUGAAAUAUGUGGAUUAAAUUGUAGUAAUAAAGAUGCUUUACGUAAGCAUUCAUCUGUCCAUUCAAAUGUGAAACUAAAUGCAUGCGAAGCUUGUGGUAAAGCGUUCAAAAGAAGAAGUGAAUUAAAAAGACACACAAGGAUUCAUAUGAUGAAAAAGCCUUACGUUUGUGAAGUCUGCAAUAAAGCAUUCACUCACAAUUCUGGCUUAAAAGUACAUUUACGUGUUCAUACAAAAGAACAACCUUACGUCUGUGACGUCUGCAGUAUGGUGUUUAACCAUUCAAGUAAUUUAAAGACACAUCUACGCAUUCAUACAAAUGAAAAGCCUUAUGUUUGUGAAAUAUGUGUCAAAAAAUUCACUCAACUAUGUCAUUUGAGGCAACAUUUACGUACACAUACGAAAGAAAAGCCUUAUGCCUGUGAAAUCUGUAAUAAAGCAUUCAAACAAAGAAGCCAUUUAAUAAAUCAUUUGCAAACUCAUUCAAAAGAAAAGCCUUAUGUCUGUGAAGUCUGUAAUAAAGCAUUCAAACAAAGAAGCCAUUUAACAAAUCAUUUGCGUACUCAUUCAAAAGAAAAACCUCAUGUCUGUGAAGUCUGUAAUAAAGCAUUCAGUCGAAGGACCCAUUUAACAAAUCAUUUGCUUACUCAUUCAAAAGAAAAACUUCAUGUCUGUGAAGUCUGUAAUAAAGCAUUCAAUCGAAGGAGCUAUUUAACAAAUCAUUUGCUUACUCAUUCAAAAGAUAAACCUCAUGUUUGUGAAGUGUGUGAAAAGGCAUUCAGCAGGAGCGAUGCUUUAACAAAGCAUUUACGUACUCAUACGCAAGGAGAAAUUUAACUUUCAACGAAAUCUUAUUGGA